CUGUUAAUGAGAUCUACCUAUUCUCCUGUAUAAUUUUGAUUUAAUUGUAAUAGAUGAGAUCAUCUCCUUGUAAAUUCGAUAUUCCAAUAACAAAAUGUACAGAAAUUCAAUAAAGAUUGGAUUAUCAAACAUGGAGUGAUGUAAAAAAAGGUAUUCGUGAAAAGGUUUAAUCAAGAGUAUAAGGAUUUGAAAAUUAGAAAUUUAUAUAGAAGAGUGAUCUUUUAUAUAAUUUUAAGAAUUAAGAUUAAAAAUUAUCAUGUCAAGCAUUAGCAUUGCGUUCAUCAACAACAUAUGUAAAGAAUCAUUUAGAAAAUAAAUUUCCAAAAUAAGAAUCUCCAAUAAAAAUGGGUUUGACACAUGCAAUUUAUUCUCCAAGUCAAAAAUAAUAAAACCCAAUAGAUGACAUAAAAAGAAGUAACAUAUAUCCAUCUGCUUUUGGAUCAUUUACUGAAAAGGAUAAUUAUAAAACCUAUUCAUCCAAAAGAGAUUUAAUGAGUUCUGUUAAAUCAAGUUCUGAUGUGAUUGAUUUUUCUCGGAAGAGUAAACCAAUUACAGAUAGAGUAUCAUUAACAGAAAUAAUAAAAAUAUCAACCCAUUUAUCAGAUCUAUAAUAAACAGAAAUAUCAUCUUUGAGUAAUGGUUAUCUAUCAGAAUUAGUAGGAUUAUAGUAAAACAUAAACAAAUUAUUAAAAAAUGCAAAUAGCAAAUUAUACAAAUGA